AUGUACAUCAAGUUAAUUGAGUCAAUUGGAUGCAUGAUUCCCAAUGACUCCAUGCUUGCCCAUAUUCCUGGUCUCAGAAAGCUUUUUAAAGAAAGGCACAGGAUAUCCCUAUCUGAGACUGGUGAGUUCCACCCUUACAAAUCUGUUGAAACUGUGCUGAACAGCUUCAGGGCUGCCAUCCUCUUCUGGACAGUGGCAGCAUGGGCUACAUCAGGCAAGCCUUUGGGGGAGACAGAUGAAGUUGGAUUUCAAAAAUGCAAGGAUGCCUUGAAACUGCCUGUCCCGGAAGUCCUACCUGGUGGGGGCUGGGACAAUCUGCAGAAUGUGGAUAUGGGAUGGGUGAUGGACUUGACUUACACCAACUGCAGGACAAAUGAGGAUGGACAGUAUAUCAUCCUUGAUGAAAUCUUCACCAUUCCCCAGAAACAGAGCAACCUGGAGAUGAACUCAGAAAUCCUGGAUUCUUGGGUUAAUUACCAGAGCAGUACCUCCUACUCCACCAACACAGAUCUCUCUCUUUAUUCCAAAGUCAAUGCCAAGUUCUCUGCUGAGUUCCAGAGAAUGAAAAUCCUUCAAGUGAAGGACAAAGCUAUAGCUACCCGAGUUCAGGUAAGAAACCUCAUCUACACAGUCAAAAUCGGCCCAGCCUUAGAGCUAAGCUCAGGUUUUAGGAAGGAGCUCCUUGACAUCUCUGACCCUCUAGAGAACAACCAGACAAGGAUGGCAGAACUCCUGGUCCUCAACUAUGGCACCCACGUCAUCACCAGUGUCAAUGCUGGGGCUGCUCUUAUUCAGGAGGACCACAUCAAGGCCUCGUUCUUCCAAGACAGCCAGAGCAGUCAUAGUGCCGUGACCGCCUCUGCUGGACUUGCCUUCCAAAACACCGUGAACUUCAAAUUUGAGGAAAACUAUACCUCGCAGAAUGUCCUCACCAAGAGCUACCUCUCAAACCGAACCAACUCCAGGGUGCAGAGCAUCGGAGGGGUUCCUUUUUACCCAGGCAUCACCCUCCGGGCCUGGCAGCAGGGUAUCACCAACCACCUGGUGGCCAUCGACCGCUCUGGCCUGCCGCUGCAUUUCUUCAUCAACCCCAACAUGCUGCCUGACUUGCCAGGCCCCCUGGUGAAGAAGGUGUCAAAGACGGUGGAAACUGCUGUGAAGCGCUAUUACACAUUCAACACCUACCCUGGCUGCACAGAUCUCAAUUCUCCCAACUUCAAUUUUCAGGCCAACAGAGAUGAUGGCUCCUGCGAGGGGAAAAUGACCGACUUCUCUUUCGGUGGGGUUUAUCAGAAAUGCAGCCAGUUCUCAGGGAAUAAAAAUGUUGUUCUCUGUCCAAAGUUGGAGCAGAAGAAUCCACUCACUGGUGAUUUCUCCUGCCCCUCUGGCUACUCCCCAGUGCACCUUCUAACCGAGACUCGUGAAGAGGGUUACAAUCACCUGGAGUGCCAUAAGAAGUGCACCCUCCUUGUCUUCUGCAAGACCGCGUGUGAAGAUGUGUUCCAGGUGGCAAAGGCUGAAUUUAGGGCUUUUUGGUGUGUGGCCAGUAGCCAAGUACCUGACAACUCAGGACUGCUUUUUGGGGGCCUCUUCAGCAGCAAGAGCAUAAAUCCCAUGACAAAUGUGCAGUCAUGCCCAACUGGCUACUUUCUACUGAGACUCUUUGAAAACCUCAAGGUAUGGGUUUCUCAGGACUAUGAGUUGGGAAGCAGGUUUGCGGUCCUUUUUGGUGGGUUCUUCAGCUGCACAGUUGCGAACCUGGUGGUCCCAGCCAUAUCCAAAGACUUAGGGGCACCUUCCCUGAAAAAGUGCCCGAGAGGCUGCAGCCAGCACCUAGCCCUCAUCAGCGAUGGAUGCCAAGUGUCCUACUGUGUCAAGGCUGGGCUCUUUACAGAAAAGUUCCUUCCCCCUGCUAGUCUCCCCCCUUUCACCCAGCCACCCCUUAGGAGUGAGGCUGACACCAACACUGUCAUAGUGACCAGUUCUGAGAAUGUGAGAUCCUGGAUUAAAGAUUCCCAGACCCACCAGUGGAGGCUGGGAGAGCCAUUAGAGCUGCGCAGUGCCAUGAAUGCCAUCCAAGGGGAUGGUGGUAGUCUGUCAGGAGGGGCUACAGCUGGUAUCGUAGUGGGGGCCACCACCAUUCUGGCUGUUGUCAUCACCCUGGCUAUCUAUGGCACCUGGAAGUUCAAGAAGAGGGGAUACUGGGCAUUUUGGAAGAGGCAGAGUUUGGUUCCAGACACUGCAGCAACUGGAGACACCCACCAAGAGCAGGGGCAGAGUCCAGCUUAA